UAAGUUCUUAUACGGGAAUAACUUUCACGGUGUUGUUUCCCGGAUUUUGUUAAAAAUGGCGAUGGGAGCAGCGCGUCGUGCUAACGUCCGACUUCCUCCUGAAGUCAACAGAAUAUUGUAUGUGAGAAACUUGCCUUACAAGAUCACAACAGAAGAGUUGUAUGACAUAUUUGGCAAGUUUGGAGCUCUGCGCCAGAUCAGAGUUGGAACAGCUGCUGAGACACGUGGCACAGCGUUUGUUGUUUACGAAGAUAUAUUUGAUGCAAAGAAUGCUUGUGAUCAUUUGUCAGGGUUCAAUGUGUGCAAUCGUUACUUAGUUGUUCUUUACUACCAACCCAACAAAAUGUUCAAGAAACUCGACAAGGUCAAGAAGAAAGAGGAACUGGACAAAGUAAAAGAGAAAUAUGGUGUUGGAGAUUGAGAUUAUUGUAUGAUAUUUGCACACUUGGUAGUCCCUAGAAUGGGCAUACCUACACUUACAGCAAAUUGAAGUUGUUGUAUAAAGUUGUCUUUCUGUACACUGACUGUUAUCUAGCAGACAUUGCUGUUGCUGUAGUAUUGAAUGAAGCCAGUUUCAGUGAUAUUUUAAGAUUGUA